UCUCACUUCACCCUUGAGGCUACUGCCAGUUUCACAAACAACAACGAGAUUCCGAGAAUCUGAAUUGUUUUGCAUUUAACCCGCUGCAAAUCAAACUAAAUUGCCUUUUCUCAUUGUUUCUUUCUCUCUCCCACUCCUUAGUGUUUUGAAUGUGAAAAAUGAGUCGAACCAUCUCUGUUAUGAGCAGGAAAUGCAACUGCAGUAAAUUUCUCAACUGACAGGAAACAGCCUGCUGCGCUCCGAGUGAACCCCAGCCCGGUGAGGCCCUUGGUUUCCAGAACAUUGAGUUCCAUGAGUAGAGAAGCAGUGUUCAUCAAAUCCUCACUUCUCUAUUGUUUUUAAAAGAGUGUCAGUGAGCACCCUCGAUGCCAGAUUAUCCGGGCUGAGAAAAAGAGGGAUCAAAGAGAGAAGUGGAAAAUUAGGCAGGGGGCAAAGGAGGGGCUGUGGAGAACAGUGGAGUGGAGAAGGAUGGAUGGCGUUUCAUCGGAUCAGUCAGCCAGCGUGGAUGAGCUGGUGGAAGCCUGCAUCAAAGCCUUUGACAAUGAUGGCGUUCUGAAGGAGAAAUCACUCGUACGCAUGUUUCUCACCAUGCAUCCCUGGUACCUGUCCUCCACAGACCUGGCCAAAAAACUCUUCAACAUGUCUCAGGAAGCGGAUUGUUCUGCAAAUCGCCAGUCUCAGAUAUGUCACCUUGUCAAGUACUGGAUAUCUGAGUUCCCAGCUGAGUUUGACCUGAACCCCGAGCUGGCUGAGCAGAUCCGCGGUCUGAAGGAGCGACUCGAGCAGAAUGGAGAUGUGAGACGUAGUCUGCUCAUCGACGUAGACAGCAUCCCAUCAUACGAAUGGAGACGACAGCUGACCGAAACCGUCCAGAAGAAACGCAAGACUUCUCUUCUGUUCGAUCACCUGGAUGCUUCCACCCUGGCCGAACAUCUCACUUACAUGGAAUACAAAUCUUUCUGCAAAAUUAUUUUCCAGGACUACCACAGUUUUGUGAUGCACGGCUGCACGGUGGAUAAUCCCAUUCUGGAGCGUUUCAUUACCCUCUUUAACAGCGUUUCUCAGUGGAUCCAGAUCAUGGUUCUCAGUAAGCCUACAGCUCAGCAGAGAGCUACAGUCAUCGCUGACUUCAUCAAAGUGGCCCAGAAGCUACUGCAGCUGCAAAACUUUAACACGUUGAUGGCAGUAGUAGGUGGACUUAGCAACAGCUCCAUCUCUAGACUCAAGGACACACAGGCGCUCGUCUGCAGUGAGACACGGAAGGUGUUUGACGAAUUGGUGGAGCUGGUCACUUCAUCCGGAAACUACAGUCGCUACCGUCAGCGUUUUGCGGAAUGCUCCGGAUUCCAUUUUCCCAUUCUCGGGGUGCAUCUGAAGGACCUGAUUGCCGUCCACGUGGCGUUGCCUGAUUGGGUCGACCCAGAGAAAAGCAAGGUCAACCUCACCAAGACUCAUCAAUUGUACUCCAUACUGGAAGAGUUGGCGCUUAUUCAAAGCACUCCGCCCAGCAUAGAAGCCAGUCCAGACCUGCUAAAUCUACUGAUUGUGUCUUUGGACCAGUACCACUCAGAGGAUGAGAUUUAUCAGCUCUCUCUGCAAAGGGAGCCACGCAGCCCAAAACGACCAAGUUCCAGCUCAGCGUCGCAGUCUCCACUUAUAGAACAGUGGGCCUCUUCCGUCAAACCCAAAGCGGAUCCGGCCAUUAUUAGCAAACACAUUGAAAAAAUGGUGGAGUCGGUGUUUCAAAAUUUUGACACUGAUGGCGAUGGCUACAUUUCCCAAGGAGAGUUUGAGAUCAUCAGAAGCAAUUUUCCAUACCUCGGCAAGUUCGAUGAACUGGACCAAAACCAGGACUUUAAAAUUAGUCGAGAGGAGAUGAUUGAGUACUUCAGCAAAGCAACCUCCUUACAGAACUGCAAGAUGGGCUUUGUUCACACAUUUACACAGGCAAGCAGCGUCAAGCCUUCAUUUUGUCGGCACUGCUCUCGCUUGAUAUGGGGAUUUUACAAACAGCGAUACAAAUGCAAAGUGUGCGGGGUGAGCUGUCAUAAAGACUGUCAGAGUCGUUUGGCCAUUGAGUGCCGCAAGCGGACACAGAGCGUCAGCUGUGACAAUGCCGCUUCCUUUAAAGCCACACGCUCCCUCAGUUUUCCGCCUCCAACCAGCACCCAGACAAUUGAAGAGUGUCCUGUCAUCACGGAUGGCUCUCAGGAGAAAGAGGAUGAGGUUUUUGAUGUCCACCUUUGAUGAUUCAAGAAAGAAAAGAACAACACACACACUUCUUGGGCUUUUAUCAUUAAGGGUUUUUUUUCCCCGAGAGGAGAAAUCAAUCACCUGGCAUUAGUUAUGUGCUUUUUCUUUUGAUUUCCAUAGGAACAACCUGGAGCAAAUCCAUAAGCAACAGCAGCCAAGUGAGAAAACAGCAUUAUCCUCCACAGCCUUUGUGUUUGUGAUCAUUUGUUUGUCGUCUGAUGUGAUCUUUGCUUAAUCCAUACCUCCCAUUUUCUCCUAUAUGUGGUUCGAAACGUAAAUAUAUGUCGAUAUUACUUCUUUAACAAAUAAUUCUCAUCUAAAUCAAAAUGACUGCAAUGCACUAAAGAUGCACAGAUUUUUCAAUGUUAGAUUUACGUUUAUGCAUUUGGCAAGCAAAUACAUUAUCCUAUACAUUUUUUGUUUCUAAGUAUGUGCAAUCCCCUGUGAUCGAACCCACAACCAAGUUGUUAGCGCCAUGCUCUUACCACUGAGCUAAAGGGAAGAAGUAAGCACACAGGCUCUUUGUUUUAUUACAAAUUUUAAUUCAGUACAAUAAGUAUAUAUUGUAUUUAUAUAUAAUGCGUAACACAUCUGACACAAUCAUAAUAAUAUUUAACACUUCAAGCUAUUUAUUCAGCAUCCAAAAUGUACAGAAUCUCUGCAAUGGCAUAAUUUCGUUGAUCUAUUGAAUUUUUGAUAUUUUGAUUAUAAGAAGUCAAGGUGAAAUGAAUGACAUGUUGCAGACAGCAUUGUGCCUCGGUCAUCUUUAUCACGAAGUUCAACUUCCCACCAACCGAAGGCGCUGUUGUACUAAAUUGAAAAAAUCAUUCAAGCUCUAUUGCUGCCUCGAAUUCUUUGUCUCUUAUUUAUAUUAUUAUUCUGCGUAUAAAUUGUAUUCUCCUAGAAAUAUAUUAUUAACAAUCACCAUGUUUUUUUGUAUUUUUGGCAGAAAAAUUUGUAGCCGACAUAUAUGACAAUAAAUACAACCUUUCCCCCGGUGGAUGUUUUCCUCA